AGGGAGAGGACGGGCGAGAACGACGUAGUGAGAGGAGUCACGGUUCAGUUGAGGCGCAAGGGUCCUCCGGCUAAGGACUACGGUCCCUGGCAGUCCGGGACAUUAUGCCAGGCGGCGAGGGGUCCCCGAUCAAUCUCCUCGACCACCACCAUCAUCAUCGCGCGUCGACCACCGCCACCACGUCCACGUCCACGGCGGACGAGUGCGCGAACGGCGACGAUGUCAGAACCGCGUCAUCGACGACGAGCACCGGUGCGACCUUCGCCAGCGCGAUGACGAGCGCCCUAGCGGGCGACGGUCUCCGUCGCAGAAAGGUCAUACACGCGGCCCGCGAGACCCUCGAUAAGGCGUCCCGUCUUUUGAGACGGAAAAUACCAUGUACAGGCCAUUUAAUGACCCCCCGCCGCCUAUGGAUACAAAAGGUUCCUACUCAGGAAUGCGAUGUAGUCAUGAUGUUCCCCAGCGGGGCGAACGACGAGACCUUGAUGUGGCUCCUAGGUCGGCUCCGGGCUGGAACCCCGGGGCUAAUAGUUCACGUGCGACAUCACGCCUCGUCGGACAGUUACGGGUUUUACAUUACGGCACCGUUCAGCGUUCUGCUCAAGGCAGCCGAGGAGGUGCAUCUUCCAAAAUCCCUGAGACAGGAAUUUGGCGGUGGAUUUAAGGAGUUCGUCGGCUCCGAGGCUAACUGCUUCGAAGGUAGCGACGACGAGAUCCGAUUCUUCACUACGCAGGAAAGGCAGUCCCUUGUUCUGCACCUACUUCACACCCUGAGGGCCGGCCCUCAGGAUCUCCACAGUUUACCCGGUCUUAAGAUGGUGGAGGGUCAAGCGAUUAUCCCAAAGUGCAUUUCAUCCGGUAUUAUUUCUCAGGUCUUCCCUCUUCACGAAUUACCCGCGUUAGAGAAACUGCAACGGAGUUGGGUCCGCGCGUUCCUCAGCCCUCAACCGUUGGAUGAUAUUUGUAAAUACUUCGGGGUGAAAAUCACCAUGUACUUCGCCUGGCUCGGCCACUACACCACCGCUUUGAUCGUUCCAGCUGCAGUGGGUGUCAUAUACUGGGUCGGCAUCAUCGGUAGGAACCAAGCGGUGGAGGACGUGGCGUACGUUCUGUUUUCGGUGUUCAACGUGAUAUGGGCUACCGUAUACCUAGAGACGUGGAAAAGGAGGGGCGCGGAAUUGGCGUACAGGUGGGGCACUUUGGAUCAGAGGGACGAUUUAUUGGUCGAGCCUAGACCUCUGUUUACAGGAACUUUGGAAGUUUCACCAGUGACGGGUAGGCUGGAACCGACGUAUCCCAGGUGGCGAAGAAACAUGUUUCGAUACUUAGUGAGCGUUCCUAUUAUCGCAAUCUGUUUACUCUUCGUCUUCAUCGUUAUGAUUCUGAGUUUUCAGAUACAGGAUUGGUGGGACGCGCAUCUUGAAUCUGGCGGCUAUGGAUUCUGGCUUAGUUACGUGCCAAAGGUGUUACUCGCGGUGGUGAUUGCAUUAAUGGACGAAGCGUACUUCAAAGUCGCGGUGUGGUUAAAUGAUUUGGAAAACUAUCGACUAGACACCGAGUACGAGAAUCAUCUGAUCUACAAAGUGGCACUGUUUCAGUUUGUUAACUCCUUCCUAUCGCUGUUUUACAUCGCCUUCUAUCUUCAAGAUCAAGAGAGACUCAAGGAGCAAUUGGCGGCUCUGCUCAUAGCUCGCCAGGUAAUUGGAAAUCUGAAGGAAUCCGCGGUGCCGUAUCUGGUCGAACAACUACGACUGGCGCGGCUAAGCUUCGAGCUGUUCGGGGCCCUGAGUCCCAGCGAGGCGAGGCCACCCCCCGGCCAGGAGGGCGAGGAGAUACAAGGCGGUAAGGACAACGAGGAGAAGGACGAACGACCUGACAGCGGCAAAUCGAAGCAACCGCGGAACGUCAGCCAGGCAGAACUGGAGAGUUCCCUCUACAGAGUAGGGCAUCCCACUAAUUCUCUACUUAGUGACGUUACGUUCAAGUAUGACGGGGCGUUUUCAGAGCAUCUGGAAAUGUUAUCGCAACUGGGAUACGUCUGUCUUUUCUCUUCCGCAUUUCCGUUGGCUGCGAUGGCCGCUUUACUUGGGAAUUUGCUCGAAUUGCGCGGCGACGCGUUCAAACUGUGUUUCGUACUUCAACGACCUUUCGGGCGUAGGGUCUCGAAUAUCGGCACAUGGCAGAACGCCAUGGAGGCGAUGGGCUUGGUCGCUAUUUUGGUAAACUGCGCCCUAAUCGGACUGAGCGGGCAGGUACAACGAAUGUUUCCGGAGAUGUCAGCAACGCAAACGAUUUUACUAAUCGUGGCACUGGAGCACAUAAUGUUCGCUAUUCGAUUUGUGAUUAUUUGCGCGAUUCCCGAUAUACCUCAUUGGGUCGCCACCGAGAUGGCUAAAGUGGAAUUCUUAAGACGUGAGGCGGUCCGAAGGCUAUCCUCGACUCCGUCACCAGAACAACAACCAACGACAGUGAUAGGGAGAUUCGUGGUGAGUCCAGCAGACGGAGAGAGCGAAGAGCAGCACUUGCUUUCCGACCGCACCGGCUACCCGACUAUGUCCAGCCGUGCGGACACGCCGACCCUGGCCUCCACCGCCCAUACGCCAAGCGGGCCGACAACGCCGAGCGCCGCGUCCGCGUCGGUGCCGAGGAUCGCGGAAACACCACCCAUGGCCGGGACCCCCAGCGGUGGAAGCAGCAGCGAGACCAGCCCGUUCCUACCCGAGGGCAAUUCCAACGUCACCCGGGACAUUCGUAACACGCCGAGAUGUUCUAUACCCGGAGGCGAACGAGGAAGACGCUCGAGGGAGUGGUUGAUGAGCAACGAACCGGAGGCGUCUGGUACCAACGAUCAGUUUGGCCAUCAUCUGACCAUCGGACCACACGGCGGCGUCGAUUGGGUACGUCGAUUAGGUCUGGAGCCAGGUGCACGAAAAUCGAGCGACUCCGAAAUUACUGGUGCCGCUGCGGUAAGCGGACGGGAGGAGGAAUUAACUUUGCAUAGGUCAACCGAUUGCAUCGUUUCCAAAGAACUCGCAUCCUCCUCAGAUAGCGAUCUCCUCAGAUCGGCACCGCCGUGGGCGGUGGCUCAUAGGAACCAGAAGUUCCGCUUCUCGCCCGAAAAGGAAAAAGCGCGCGAGAAGACGGAGAAGCAGCAAUACCACCAGCAACAGCAACAGCAACAGCAACAGCAACAGCAACAGCAACAGCAACAACAGCAACAGCAGCAGCAACAGCAGCAACAGCAGCAGCAUCAUCAGCGGGAAACGCACGAACAUCGCGAACGGCAGUCCCAUAUCGCCGAAAAAGAGAAGGACUCGAGCGGGCUGUCGGACUCCAGUAAGACUAUCUCGAGUCAGGAGGAGGAGAAACCGUCGAAGGAGGACCGGGAGGCGAAGAAGACGCGCGUGAAGCAAAGCCUAAUGAAACGGGCGCGCUCGGUGGCGAUCUUUUCGCUAAAGCUGAAGGAACGCCGCGCACGGGAGGCCGAGCUUAAGGCCAAGGAGGCGGAAAGGGAGGCCAGGUGGCAACAGCCGCAAUCGUGCGUCGGCGGUGAGCUCUCGUGCAUCCCCAUAGAAAAGCUUAUCUCCGUGGACGACAUCGCGGCCAUGGAAAUGCGCCGGCCGAAUCAUUAGCCGCUUGACGACUUGUUUUUCUUAACACUUUUGUUUCCACGCUACCGUAGAGAGUCGUUCGCGUACCGCGACACGCGCGGGUUUGCGCAACCGACGGUGAGAUCACGUUCUCCGCGUUAAUUGAAUCGCGACGAAGAGAGAGAAAGAUCCCGACGGCCGCGUGCAGGUACCGCGUUACCGAACGAGAAAGAAAGGCGCACAAUUAACGAAUCAUCGCAGAAAAAACACACAAGGAUCCUAUAGGUGAUAUUCCGUAGAAACUACUCCCGAUACCGCUCUCUAAGCUCAGGGCAUCGAACCGCGGUCUCCGGCUCGGUUCGGUUCCGGAAGUGACCACGCGUGACAUAUUUUCGAUGGAUCUAUAUGCAGGUAUAAUGGCAACGUCCCGCGAUGAGGAUUGAAAAUCCUCAAACACGGAUUCGCGCGGUUUUAGACGACAUCGCGGAUAAUAACAUGAAGUUGUAAAAAUGACUAUUGCUUCUUCGAAAAGAUAAAAAUAAAAAUGUCGCUAAUUUGUGGCGAAAUAAUUUCACGGAACGGGAGAUUACAGAGUAUUGAAUUUAACAGACAGAAAAGCAAAAAGACGCAAAUUUUACCGAUUCCAAAAAAACUUAUGCAAUAAUUUUAACGAAAAAGAAACUUAUAUCACUAAUUUUAAAUACCUGAAAGUGCAUUGCUUUAUAUAUGUUAAUUUUAAGAACUUCUUGAACUCCAAUUUUUGCGGAGAUUUUUAUUGUAAAUAAUUAUAAAUAGAUUAUCCUCUCGAAACACACGUGCAUAUUGACGGCUGAAAUUAAUCCAUGGAAAUUAAUCGUGUAAAAUUCUUGUAUUAUAAAUUUUUCUCCGAAAUGCUUCAACGCGCAGUUCCGAAACCGAACGUAUCCAUUUCGAUAAUUCUAAUUUUACUUCGAUUCGAUGCUCUGCUAAAUAGCACAUUUUCUUAGCUUAGAUCGCUCGACACCGUAGAUCGAUCGUUGAGCUUCCAAUUGUUCCGUUCGUGCCGUAAGUAUUCUACGCCGAAAUUAGAUUAUCCUCGACUGUGCUCCAUAACGCGCGUGUAAUGGAAUCCCGAUGGUGCAGUCGCACGCAACGAUCCGAUCCCGUCGCGGUGAAAUAAGUUAUACCGGAAACCGGCUGGAAUAGUCACGAAGGUCCUCUCGGACAAGAUUUGUAAAGUAUAUCCGGUUACACUCUCGCUGAACAGCGAGCCGCCGAGUAUAGGCGUGAAACUCAACGAAAAAACUUGGAGGAGGGAACUUUGUUGUUGUUGCGGUAAUAAAUUGUUAAUUAAUCUAUAAAACUUUAGGCAUUAAUGGAUUAAACGAACUUUUUGCUAAAUAGAUCUCUACGAAGGCAUAUCAUAUUGUCGAGACCAUCCGCGUCGUCACCGUCGCCUCUCAAAGUUUCACGUCUUCGUCCCUAAGAUCGGACGCACACGCGUGGGAUGCAAGAUGAGUUCGCGGCCACGUGAAACUCACCGGCGAUGAGAUUAGAGUCAAAGACAGAGCGUAUGGUGCACGCAAAGCUCUUCGUCCAGACACGAGUUACAGGAUCUAGUGAUCGUUUUUGUAUAUAGCGAAAAAUGUUAUGCAGAAAUUGUAAAAUCGAUUUCCAUGGCCUAGCCUCAUGUCCCCGUCCGCGGCUGAACUUUAGCGCAGAGUUGUUGAGUAUUACACACAAGUACACGCUCAUAUACAUACACAUACAUACAAAAGAAACACAGAUACAUGACAUUUUAUUACAUUUACCAAUAUUGCUAGCUUAGUAUUAAUUAACCAUUAUAUGCAUCCACAUUAAGCACUGUUGAGCAAACCGAUAAUCGCGUUGUACGUAGCGUACUCU